AGGAUUGCAUAUACAGUGCUGCACAUGCAUGUUUACGUAUCUCACGACUUCAACAACGCGCUGUUUAUUUUGUUCUUUUCCAGAACUUGAGCCACAAUGCCGGUGGCCAAGUCGUGGGUGUGCAGUAAGACGUACGUCACUCCUCGCCGUCCAUUCGAGAAGUCUCGCUUGGACCAGGAGCUUAAGCUCAUCGGCGAGUAUGGGCUGAGGAACAAGCGCGAGGUGUGGCGUGUCAAGUUCACGCUGGCCAAGAUCCGCAAGGCCGCCCGCGACCUGCUCACGCUCGACGAGAAGGACCCGAGGCGCCUGUUCGAGGGUAACGCCCUGCUGCGUCGCCUCGUGCGCAUCGGAGUGCUGGACGAGUCCAAGAUGAAGCUCGAUUACGUGCUCGGCCUGAAGAUCGAGGACUUCCUCGAGCGUCGGCUGCAGACGCAGGUGUUCAAGCUGGGCCUGGCCAAGUCGAUCCACCACGCCCGCGUGCUCAUUCGCCAGCGCCACAUCCGUGUGCGCAAGCAGGUUGUGAACAUCCCGUCAUACAUGGUGCGCCUGGACUCGCAGAAGCACAUCGACUUCUCCCUGCGCUCGCCGUACGGUGGCGGCCGUCCCGGCCGCGUCAAGAGAAAGAACAUGAAGAAGGGCCAGGGUGGCUCUGGUGGCGCGGAUGAGGAGGAGGAGGAUUAAAAGAGAUGAUACCGCCUGCCACUUCUCCUGGCGGUGUGGCAUGCACUGAUCAGGGGAUGGGGCGGGGUCAGCCUGUUGUCUCGUGAAAUCUUCGACAAUAAACUAUCAAAUUGCA